GCUACCCCAAUCUCCUCCUUCUCUUUUAGUCCAUCAGAAGCCUUGAAAGAUCACGUCGUAUGGACUUUACACCCCAAAAGUGCUCAUCUUGCUACCCCAAUCUCCUCCUUCUCUUUUAGUCCAUCAGAAACCUUGAAAGAUCACGUCUUAUGAACUUUACACCCCAAAAGUGUUUUUCAAUCAAAUUUUCCUACCAUGCUUAUGUGAACAAGAUCUUAUAGAUCUUCAUAGUUCCUUUUCAUGGAAAUUUCUUUAGAAACUGAAAGUUUCUUAAAAAUAUACUCCCUCCAUCCCAGAUUAGUUGUUACACUUUCCUUUUUCGUCUGUCCCAGAUUAGUUGUUACAUUUCUAAAUUAGGAAUGACCCCACAAUUAUUAUAUUGUCUAUCUCUUCCCAAUAAUUUUUUUUUGUCCCCACACCCUCUCCCAUUCAAUUAAAAAAAUACUCCAUUAACUCAUAUCACAUCUACUUUUUCAAUAAAAUAACAAUUGAUAACCACACAACCACUUAUCACCUAAAACUUUGUGCAAAGAUAAGUGUAACAACUAAUUUGGGACGGAGGGAGUAAAAUGUUUAUGUGAAACUAUGUUCAUUUCAUUCUUCCAGUUGCUUCUAAACUUGUUGGUUUUAUUCCUCUCUUCUGUACGUCCUAUUUGUGUUAGAUGUGGAAGACGGGAGGAAUCCCUUAUUCAUUUACUUCGGGACUUUGAUUUUCAUCAAUUUUCUAUUUCAUAUUGGCCAAAUUAGUUUUUUUACCUAUCAAGAGAGUUUAAAUGGACAACAAGUUUAAUUUUGGGUCUUUGGCACCUCUGAAAAUACGAAAAUGGAGUGAUUUUCACUUCAAAGAUUUUGACUCCCACUCUAUUUUUAACGCUUUUAUUACAAUUACAAAUUUGGUGUUCCGGGGUAGAGACAAGGGAAAGAAGGUCAUUGUGAUUCCCUCAUAUCUCGUUGGAAGGCUUCUAAACCAGGAUUUAUGAAACUUAACGUUGAAGGGGCUUGGAAAAUCCUAACCCAUGCUGAUGGAGGAGGAGUUAUCUGGAAGGAAACUAGAGAAUGAUUUCCUGGCACCGCCACUGUCUAAGAGAAGGCAUUUUAUUGCUAAGAACUUAAGCAUUCCUUUCCUUGAGGUCGAAACUGAUGUCAAAUCCCCGAUGAUUAUGUUGGACAAUGCCGAUAGUAACCCACAUCAUGAGCUUGCUACAUCUAUCGAUGAUAUAGCCUUUUUGGUUAACAACACAAAUUGGAUUGUGGUCUUCUUGCAUAUUCAUAGGGAGUGUAACUUGGUAGCACAUCAGCUGGCAGGGCAUGCUCUUUCUAUGGAAGUUCGGCACAAACAGCAUUUCAAGGUCCCAGAUUGCGCAAGAAUUGCUUAUGCUAUUGACUUGGAGCACAUGGGUUCUCGUUCGAACUAAUGUUCUCUUUAAGCUGGCUGGGAAUGAAUUGACUAGUAGUUAUAAAGGGUGUCUUUUGUUGUAUAAUAUACCCUAUUGUUAUUUAUAUGCUCCAUCUACCCCUUUUGUUUUUGGUAUGUGAUACUUUGAUCCGAUAUUUUGAUGUACUAAACUACUAAUUUCAUGUUAAUAUAAGUUCUUCGGGUUAGAUUAUGAACAA